AAUGAGGACGAAGAGGAAAGAUUGAGGAGAGUUCUUGCACUUUAUAACUUGGAUGAUGCUGCAACUGAAGAAAUUUUAGCGAGGUUUAAUUCAAACGAGACAGAGAACACACAAGAAAACUUAUCAAAGCAGCUGGUUUGGUCAAUAACCUCUUGCAGUGAUACAAAUCCUAGAAACCAGCUCAAAUCUCUGGUGAACGGUAUUCUUUGCAAAAGUUCAGUGUACGAGAAAGAACAGCCUGAGAUCAAUAAGGAAGACAUAUACAAAGCAGGCAAGUACUGUGUGGAUUCACUUGUUAAGCUGUUCGAAGAGGGAAGUAGUAGCAAGAGCUGAAAGCCAUUGAUUGAAGGUAUAUCGAGGGAAGGGGAGAAUAUAAUUUGGCUGUUGGAAAUCAUGAUAGACUGGGAAAUAGCUGAGGAAUUUGUGGAGAUAUGGGGGAAGGAAAGAAAGCUAGUGGAGAUGCAUGAGGAAGCGUCGCCAAUGGUGAGGUAUGAAUUAAGCAUAGUAAUAGGGUCGAUGUUUAUUGAAAUAGGGAAAUGGAGAGUGCAAUGCGGAGGAGAAGCAAGAGCGGGGCUAGUAGAUAUGUGGUUCAAGCCAAUGUUGCUAGAUUUCGGGUGGCUGCAAAUGGGCAAGAAGGGAUUAUACAUGAGGGAAGUGGAAGAAGGGAUGGGGCAGACGCUUUUAACACCUAUUAAGAAGCAUUAUCCAGUGUUCAUGGAAUGUUUCAGGUGGUUCUGUAAGAAUGGGACUGAGUGUCCUAAUCUCGGCAAAGCAUUUCAGAUUCGGUGGCGUAGGCCUUUCCUUAGAGGUGCAGAUUCUUCUUCUACUUGUAGGUGAAACAAAAGUGUUGAGAGACACUACUAGGGUGUUAGCUUCAAUGACUGUUAUCUCCUCUUGUAUGUUUUCCACUUUGCUAUGUUUAUAUAGGAUGUUUCAUCAAAGCUUAGUUUAAUCGUAUGGUUACUUUCUUCUGUCAGUUAUGUGUUUCUCACAAUAUAAUUUAUAUUCACUUAUAAAAAAGAGGGGAUACAAACACACAAACCAAUUGAAUCUAGGAAACGAAUACAAAAAGAGAUUUAAGAGGAAAAUAAGCAAACUAGUGAUUAAGAAAACCAAUCAACUAGCUCAUUUCUGCUUCUUACCACCAGCAAGAAUACGCUGGAUCUGAAGACCAAGGCUAAAUGCUUGGUUGAAAAGAAGUCUGGUCUGAAAUUCAGAGACGAACCGGAACCACUCGACAACAGUCACUGGCAUGAAGAUCACAACCCCCAUUAUAUACUCAUAUCCUCUUGCUAAAGCCUUGACCGAACCCCACAUUCCUACAGCCUUCAUCAGUGUUCUUCCCACUUGUAAGAUCUGGCGGAGGAGAAUGCGGGGUGCAGAGAGUAGCUAUGAAUUAUCAGUGCAUUGAUUGUUUUGUGUUGUGUAGUAGACACUGUGUUUCAUGUUAGAGCUAGACCUAGAUGGUUGUAGUGCUAUGUACUGAGUCAGUUGUUUUUGAUAGUCACCCCUCUUUUCCUAUUUCUGGUGAGACUGACGAGCAUGAGUGAUUUAUAUUCGAUUGGUGAUUUAGGGCGUUUCUACUUCUUUCUUUUUCAAACUUCAGGAUUUAUGUUUUGUCGAUAUUUUUAUAUUUUAUUCUAUCUAUUAGAUUUAUCGUUAUGGAGUUGAAUUUUGAGAAAUAGUAAACGAAGAUUUCAGAAUUUUUAUUUGUUUUAAGUUAUUUUAAAAAAUACGGGUAUUACACAAACCUACAAAAAUCAAAAACACCAUGAAAUAGACACAAACACCUAUACCAAAAUUUUAGGAAAAUUAAUGAAAACGAUCAAAAUAAAAAAGAAUAAUAUAACAAAAACCUAAGAUUAAUACUAGAUAUCUAAAAAAGAAGAAGUCGAUAUCUGUAAGGAAAGGCAAUUGAGCUCCGCGCUUGUGAGGGGUAUGAUCCUAAAAUUAAUCAGUUUUCGGUAAACACCUAAAUUAGGGUGUCAGCCAAUAAAGUUGUACUAUAAUACAUUUGUUAGAUAUAAAAGAAUAUACAAAUGAACAA